AUGGCUGUCGACGUUGGUCAUGUUGCGUCCCAGCUUGUGUCUACGGAUCGCACUCGAGAACCGGGUUUCGAUCGAUUCUCCUUCGUCCCUUUCCUACGAAAGAGCUAUGGCUUCGGCCUCGUCACCGACGUUCCCGUAUGCAAAGCCUACAGCGAAGGCCACUGCCCAUUGGGCCCUGCUUGUCCAGACCGACAUCCGACACCGUCGCGAGUAACCACAUCCACGACCACGGCCUCCGGUUUGGCGCCUUCAACCACACAUGGGUCACUUGUCUGCAAGCACUUCCUCAAAGGCCUCUGCAAAAAGGGCAUGAAGUGUGAAUAUCUCCACGAAUACAAUCUCCGGCGCAUGCCAGAAUGCCAAUCCUUCUCCCGGUCUGGGUAUUGUCCUAAUGGGGACGACUGCCUGUACCAGCAUGUCCGGGAGCAGGCGCGCCUUCCUCCGUGCGAGCAUUACGACCAGGGAUUCUGUCCACUGGGCCCGUUGUGCGCGAAACGGCAUGUUCGUCGUCGCCUCUGCCCAUACUAUGUUGCUGGAUUUUGUCCUGAAGGGCCAAACUGUGCGAACGCCCAUCCUCGGUGGUCGGAGAAUCUACCCAAGCCAACAAUACGAGUAGAGAAGACGGAAGAAGAAUUGGAGCAUGAAAGAAACCUGAUCCGCGAAGAGCAGGAGAGGGAACGGGAAAGAGAGCGUGAAUGGAGGAACGAACGUGGACGCGGAGGCUUUGGGAUGCGCGGCCGAUAUCGCGGCAGAGGACGAGGCUAA